CUGGAAUUGCUGCCUCCGGAAGUGGCCGCAUUCAGCAAAGUAGUAUGUAGCCAAUUACCCCUCACGGCGGGACAUCGGGCUGCCAAGGCAGCUCUCGACAUCUCACAAGACCAGCAAUACCUCCGAACGCUGGACACUUCUGGCCUCCUCCUUCACUCGGUUUUAUUUCCGUCCAACAAACCACCAAUAAUAAUCGCCCAGGCUAAGCUCCAACUGUCAAGACCCCGGAUAAUGGAGUCGGAUAAUAAUUUAUGGGAGGCUGAAGAAGGCGUUCCCCAUAUUGACGACCCCUUCAUCCAACGCUUCCUCGCUGGCCGUCUUUCUUUGAUACAGCGUGAGGAGUCGCAGCGACACGAUGCCAACCUCCAUAAUGCCCUGCCCCCGGUGGCCAAAAAAGCAUGCGAGAUCGUCUCCCAUGUAUGUGCGCGGGAAUUGGCACAGCUCCAACAAGCUGGUUACCCGUCUGACGGCAUCCCCCAUCCGAGCCUCAUGUCCGACACGGAAAAGGUACGGCUAGGGGAGUCCGAUCUUUGGAAGAUUGUACGAAGCCUGCCCAAGGGUUCUCUUCUGUACGGUCAUUUGCCGGCUAUGGUUGAUAUGGACUUUCUUAUCGACCAAGCGUUCGCUACUCCAGGGAUCCACAUAUCUGCUCCAAAACCACUGGUAACGCAGCACGACUACCAAGACGCGCCGUUCACUAUUCAAUAUUACUCUGGUUCCACCACCACGGGGCCUACAGAUAAGCCUGCGCCAUGGACAGAUAACUACGAGCCAUCAACUCAGAUUGAGCUGAAGACUGCUGCUGCUUCGUUCCCCGAUGGGGGUGAAGCAGGGUUCCGUAGAUGGCUUAAAAGCCGUUGCACCCUAACAUCCCAACAGUCACAUAAUGCCCCACGUGGCAGUAAAGCAAUAUCGGACUUUCUUAACGUCCGAUUGCCUGUCAUCAAUUCUAUCCUUCAAUACGAACCCAUUUUGCGAGCCUGUCUCCGUCAAAUUCUCUCACAGCUGGCCGCUGAUGGCAUAAGGUAUGUCGAGUUCAGAGUUGCGUUUAACUUCCAAUAUACUCUUGAAGGACGGGAUAAACCAGAAGAUGAUUACGUUGGAUGGUUCCGCAUCUUCUAUGAAGAAGUCAAGCGCUUCAAGGCCUCUGAAGAAGGCGGAAAAUUCUAUGACGCGCGGGUGAUAUGGGCCACCAUGCGCAGGUUAUCAAACAAGGAGAUUGGCUUAAGCAUGCAGCAGUGCCUUCUCGCAAAGGAAGAAUUCCCCGAUUCGAUCUGUGGGUUUGAUUUACUUGGAGUCGAAAGUGAUGAGAGACCACUCAAUGAUCUAGUACCAAUUCUGUUUUGGUUUCGUGCACGCUGCGCUGAAGCAGGCGGCCGUGGUCGCCGCGCGGACGAGGGAAUGGAGGUCCCAUUUAUAUUCCAUGCUGGCCACUGUCUGGGUGAUGGAGACCAAGCGGACGAUAAUCUAUUCGACACAAUCCUGUUAGGCACCCGAAGAAUCAGCCAAGGCCUCUCACUAUAUAAACACCCUCUGCUCAUAGACGUGCUCAAACAAAAGAAUAUCUUGAUUGAAUGUUCGCCGAGUUCAAGCGCAUGCCUCGGCCUCACCAGCAGCUUCCAAUCUCACCCACUUCCAGCUCUUCUAUCUCGUGGAGUGUCUGUUGCCAUCGCCAACGACUCCCCAGGUGUCUUCGGGCUUGGACAGAAUGGUCUGUCACCAGAGUUUUACCAAGCUUUGCUUGCAUUCAACAGCAUGGGCCUCAGCGGUCUCACGAUGUUGGCAGAGAACUCGGUUCGGUGGAGCUGCUACGAAGAUCAGUCUUCGAAAGAGUGGACAACGGACCUCCAAGAAGCGAUCCUCGGCGAAGGCAUCAAAGCCGCUCGCUUACGCGAAUUUUACGCUGAUUUUCAGAAAUUCUGUGAGUGGGUGGUCGAGACCUUCGAAGAAAAGUAUAAUCUUGGGUGAAAGACAAGCUCUAGCAAUAUAAUCCUAUUACGCAUUCAGUAGUUAUACUGCAUACAAUGAGCCCACAAUAUUCUUCCACUACGCCAUACUAUACCAGAUAUACCAGACCAAUUUCACGCCUAAGGCAGCAACAGCUAACGGCCGGCACGUGAUAGCUAUCCCGAUAUGGAAGGAACGACUGGAUAAGUCAGAGGCUUAGUCAUAAUGUCAGCAUAAAUUUAUGCUCGUCUUAGCUUAGAGCUGCUUGUCUCCCCGCGUCUGGUUAGCAUUAAAUAUCAGCGUCAUCCAUGAUGA